AUGUCUCAACAACAACAAUCUAACUUCUCCAUGGAUCUAUACACCGACGGAGCCGCUCUCAGAAAUGGUCAGAAUGACGCGAAAGGUGGAUGGGCUGUUGUAUACGAAAUGAAUGGCCAAAUAUUCGUUUCCAAACACUAUUUCUCUUGGGGAAGACAGACUAACAACCUCUACGAAUUAACUGCAAUUUUCGAAGCGAUUCGCAUUGCUCGUCGUAUUGGUAUCCGCAACAUCACUAUUAAGACCGACUCGAUGUAUUCUAUCAAUGCGAUUACCAAGUGGUACUGGAAUUGGAGAAAAAACGGUUGGCUUACUCGCGCAAGAAAAGCCGUCAAGAAUAGGGAGAUCAUCGAAGAAAUCCGGAAGAGUAUGAGCGACGUUCGCUAUGAAGAAGGGACCGUCAAGAUCGAAUAUGUCAAAGCACAUGGCCAGAACUAUCUCAACAAUCUUGCAGACAAAAAUGCCAAGCUCGCAGCGUAUUACCCAUCCGCCGGUGGCUGA